CUGGCCGUCUCUCCCUUCUUCUCUCUCUCUCUCUCUCUCUCUCUCUCUCUCUCUCUCUCUGCUUCAUAUUGUACAGACAUGGCUCCUAGUAAAUGGGGUUUCUCUGCUUAAGUUAUUUCUGAAUUGUUUGACUUGGGUGGGAUUUCUAGUAAGUUGUAUCUAGUUUGAGAAUCAAAAAUGACGACGAUGCAUUCUGUAUAUUUCAAAGAACAUGAAGGGGUUCAGGACUCCAUCGGUCACUUAUCAUCUGCUUCAGCCCCGUGGUGGACUGGGCUAGGGACUCAAUUGCCAUAUGCUGAUACUGGUAGCCAAUUGAGGUCGCCGUCUGUGGAUAACAAUUUCAAUGGAGAUCAAUACACUGCUACUAAGUUUGGGGAGCAAUGCAUGGAACAAGGGUCUGAGAAAGGGAACACAUCUCAUUUCACCAUCUUUCCUGGUAGUUCUCUUAGUGGUCACUCCAAAAGUCCAGCAAAUGGACCAAAACUUCUGCCAUCUCAGGCCGCCUUUUCCAUGCAGGCGACUUCACCAGAUUAUCAUGGCCACUUUGAGCUAGGAUUUGUACCACCUGUGAUCUCUGCCAAGUAUCCAUAUGGAGAACAGUUCUAUGGAGUCUUUUCAACUUACGGGCCUGAAAUUACGGGCCGGGUUAUGCUGCCACUGAAUUUAACCACUGAUGAUGGACCAGUAUUUGUGAAUGCCAAACAGUAUCAUGGAAUAAUCAGGCGCCGGAAGUCCCGUGCAAAGGCAGAGCUGCAGCAAAAACUGACCAAAAAUCGUAAGCCCUAUUUGCAUCUUUCUCGCCACCUUCAUGCUAUGCGCCGACCUAGGGGCUGUGGUGGUCGCUUCCUAAACACAAAAGAGAAAUGUAAGGAAGGAAACAACUCAAAAAUGACUGGAAUGGGACAACUUUGUCAGUCUACUGGUUCUCAGAGUUCGGACGUUCUACAGUCUGAUAGCAGUCUCUCUCCAAGAGAGGCAAUUCACAUCAGGUCUAAUCUUUCUGGCUCGGAGGCUACUAGCAUGUUCUCCAUGGCUGAUCUGAACAACUUUCCCAUUAACAAUAUGCAAGCAUCCAUCCUGUCUCUCUCUAGUAUGAUGAAUACUGGACAUGGCAUUGUCAUGCCUAGCAAGUGGAUUGCAGCGGCAGACAACUGCCGCAACCUUAAAAUGUGACAACUACGAUGGGGUUGGUGUCAAAUUGUUGGCACGAAAUCCCAUCAAAUCUGUGACCAAGUGCUGGGGUCUGUUGCAUUUAGUCCCCCUUUUGGUUGCAGAGGCAAAUCAUCCUUGGCUUCUGCAUUAAAGUUGUCUCUGCCAACCCAUAUCACUCUGAAUAUUGGGUUUAGUCAGAGACGCUAAAAAACUUUAAAUGUGGUAUUGUGAAACUGAAACUACCAACGGGUAUAGUACCCGUUAUCUAAAUAAGACUAUGAAAGUACGGGCUUUCAUGUUUGUAAUGUUGAAGCUUAUCGUAUCAAAAAUUGUCUAGGGUGUGGAUUUUAAGCUUGUUUGUGAACUAUGUCAUGAAAGUCUUUCAUGUAAAAGACUUCAACUCUUGAUAUGUAAUAUGACUAUGUCAUGAAAGUCUUCCAUGUAAAUGACAUCUAAAACUGAUAUGUAAUAGUUCAUGCAAGUCUUUCAUGUAAAAGACUUCAACUUGUGAUAUGUAAAAUAUGUUUUGCAUUGUGC